UUUUCCCUUCAAUUUCUAUCUCCUAUACAUAUCACGUAUAAUAUACACACACACGACACUCGUUAGCUUCCGCUGAGUAAUUCUAUUCCCAGUUCUCUCUCUACGUUUUUCUCUCUCUAUAUCUAUGAUCUAUAGGCUAUCGCCGAUCAAUACCAAAACCCUUCUUUGAAAACCCUAGAAAACUUGAUUAUCGGACCUUCUUGGUAUCUUCAUAUCCAGUCCAAUUUUGUCUUUGGUCACAGUCUCAAUUCUCUACCUUCCGAUCUAUUUCACUUCGAUUCGCUCGAACCUUCAAUUAUCAAUAACAGGUUUUGAUUCGAUCGAUUCUCAGUGGAGGGUCGAUCGGUUUCCCGCGUGUCUUUGAUUCGUGCAAUGGUUUCAUUGGGUUGAUUUCAAGAUGAAGUUAAAGAAAAGGAGGGCAUCAGAAGUGCCUCCAAAAAUUAGAUCCUUUAUCAACGUUGUCACUGCUACUCCACUUGAAAAUGUGGAGGAACCCCUGAAAGGUUUUGCUUGGGAGUUUGACAAGGGGGAUUUUCAUCAUUGGGUCGAUCUCUUUAAUCAUUUCGAUACAUUCUUUGAGAAGCACAUAAAGUCAAGGAAGGAUUUGCAGGUUGAGGACAACUUUUUGGAAUCUGAUCCUCCCUUCCCAAGAGAGGCUGUUCUUCAAAUUCUUCGUGUUAUAAGGAUAAUAUUGGAGAAUUGCACAAAUAAACAUUUCUACAGUUCUUACGAGCAUCAUCUUUCAUCUUUGCUUGCUUCAACCGAUGCGGAUGUGGUUGAGGCUUGCCUGCAAACCUUGGCAGCUUUUUUGAAGAAAACAAUCGGGAAGUAUAUUAUUAGAGAUGCUUCUCUUAAUUCAAAGCUAUUUGCUUUUGCACAAGGAUGGGGGGGAAAGGAGGAAGGCCUUGGAUUAAUUGCAUGUGCAAUAGAAAAUGGGUCCGAGCCGACUGCUUCUGAGUUAGGUUCCACCCUCCAUUUUGAGUUCUAUGCAGUGGAUGAGACAUCAAAUGUACACCCAGCCUCUGAACAGUCUUCCGAAGGUUUACAAAUCAUUCAUUUGCCUAAUAUUAGUACUCGCCAAGAGUCUGAUCUUGAACUUUUGAAUAAGUUAAUUAUAGAGUACAAAGUACCCCCUAGUUUAAGGUUUUCUCUUUUGACAAGAUUGCGGUUUUCAAGGGCUUUUAGCUCUUUAGCUGCCCGGCAACAGUAUACAUGCAUUCGCUUAUAUGCCUUUGUAGUGCUUGUUCAAGCAUGCGGCGAUACUGAUGACUUGGUCUCUUUUUUUAACACUGAGCCCGAGUUUAUCAAUGAAUUGGUGUCACUACUGAGCUAUGAAGAUGAAGUUCCUGAAAAAAUACGAAUUCUUAGUCUGCUUUCCUUGGUUGCUCUUUGUCAAGAUCGAUCUCGCCAACCGAGUGUGUUGACUGCUGUAACAUCCGGUGGUCACCGUGGUAUCCUAUCAAGCCUUAUGCAGAAGGCCAUUGAUUCUGUUGUCAAUAACUCCUCAAAGUGGUCUGUUGUUUUUGCUGAGGCCUUGUUAUCGCUUGUUACUGUUUUGGUUUCAUCAUCGUCAGGUUGCUUGGCCAUGCGCGAAGCGGGAUUCAUACCAACACUUCUACCUCUACUUAAAGAUACAGAUCCCCAACACUUGCAUUUGGUUAGUACGGCUGUACACGUUCUAGAAGCCUUUAUGGAUUAUAGCAAUCCAGCUGCUGCAUUGUUUAGAGACUUGGGGGGUCUAGAUGACACCAUUUCACGCCUGAAGGUAGAAGUGUCUUGUGUCGAAAAUGGUUCAAAGCAGCAAAUCACUUCUACUGAGCUAGACUUUUCUGAUUGUAGCAGCACACAGGUAGUUGCAGGCACUUCCACUGAGCUAGAUAAUAUGCAGCCUCUUUAUUCCGAAGCUUUGGUUGCAUAUCAUCGGCGAUUGCUGAUGAAAGCUUUGCUGCGUGCUAUAUCUCUCGGAACCUAUGCCCCUGGAAGCACCGCUCGUAUUUAUGGUUCAGAGGAGAGUUUGUUGCCGCAUUGCUUAUGCAGUAUAUUUAGAAGGGCCAAAGAUUUUGGUGGUGGGGUGUUUUCUCUUGCGGCAACUGUCAUGAGCGAUCUCAUCCAUAAAGAUCCUACCUGUUUCCCUGUCUUAGAAGCAGCUGGACUUCCAUCUGCGUUCAUUGAUGCUAUCAUGGAUGGUGUUCUUUGCUCUGCAGAAGCCAUAAUAUGCAUACCUCAGUGCUUGGAUGCAUUGUGUCUGAACAAUAAUGGUCUUCAGGCUGUGAAAGAUCGCAAUGCUUUGAGGUGUUUUGUGAAAAUAUUUACUUCCAGAAUGUAUCUACGUGCUCUUGCUGGUGAUACUCCUGGAUCCUUGUCUAGUGGUUUGGAUGAACUAAUGCGCCAUGCUUCCUCAUUGCGUGGGCCUGGAGUGGACAUGCUGAUUGAGAUUUUGAAUUCCAUUGCAAAAAUUGGAACUGGUGUUGAAGCUUCUUCCUCGUCCACUGAUUCUCCAGGUUGUUCAGCUUCUGUUCCCAUGGAAACUGAUGCUGAGGAGAAGAAUUUGGUUUCAUCAGAUGACAAGGAAUCGGGCAAGAUUGAGAGUACUGAGCAGCCCAUUGAGACAUCUUCUGAUGCAUCAUUGGUCAACAUUGAUUCUUUUCUUCCUGAAUGUAUAAGCAAUGUCUCUCGUCUUCUUGAAACAGUUCUUCAGAAUGCUGACACAUGCCGGAUAUUUGUUGAGAAGAAGGGAAUUGAAGCUGUUCUGCAGUUUUUUACCUUGCCUCUAAUGCCUCUUUUAGUGUCCAUUGGUCAGAGUAUCUCUGUUGCAUUUAAAAAUUUCUCCCCCCAGCAUUCUGCGUCUCUCGCUAGAGCCGCAUGUUCAUUCUUGAGAGAGCAUUUGAAGGCAACGAACGAACUUUUAGUUUCAGUCGGAGGAACACAGCUUGUUCAUCUGGAAGUUACAAAGCAGAUGAAGGUCUUGAGGUGUCUUUCUAGCCUUGAAGGUAUCAUGUCUCUUUCCAAUUCAUUGUUGAAGGGGUCUUCUACCGUAGUCUCUGAAUUGGGCACUGCAGAUGCAGAUGUAUUGAAAGAUCUUGGGAGAGUUUACAGGGAAAUACUCUGGCAGAUUUCUUUGUGUUGUGAUCUAAAGGUAGAUGAGAAGCGGAAUGUUGAACCAGAGCCCGAAAGUGCAGAUGCAGCUGUGUCUAAUGCUGCUGGAAGAGAGAGUGAUGAUGAUGCAAAUAUUCCAGUUGUGAGAUACUUGAAUCCUGUUUCUGUUAGGAAUAAUUCUCAGUCACAUUGGGGUGCAGAACGUGAGUUUCUUUCUGUGGUUCGUUCUGGUGAAGGGUUCAACCGUCGUAGUCGACAUGGGUUGACACGCAUACGCGGUGGAAGGACAAGCAGGCAUCUGGAAGCUUUAAACAUAGAUUCUGAAGUUCACGUGAAUGCACUGGAGACUUCCUCCCAGGAUACAAAGAAGAAAAGUCCCGAUGCUCUUGUUUUAGAUAAUCUUAACAAACUUGCUUCCACAUUGCGUUCUUUCUUCACGGCUCUUGUGAAAGGGUUCACAUUGCCAAACCGUCGUAGAACCGAUUCUGGGUCACUGAAUUCAGCUUCAAAAAGCAUUGGGACUGCCCUGGCUAAAGUUUUUCUGGAGGCUCUUAGUUUCUCAGGUUAUUCUACCUCUGCGGGGCUUGAUAUGUCACCACCAUCAGUUAAAUGUCGCUAUCUUGGGAAGGUUGUGGAUGACAUGGUUGCACUCACAUAUGAUAGUAGGCGGCGCACCUGUUAUACGGCAAUGGUUAAUCAUUUUUAUGUCCAUGGAACAUUCAAGGAGCUACUUACCACAUUUGAAGCGACAAGUCAAUUGUUAUGGACGCUCCCUUGUUCUAUUCCAACAUCUAGUAUCGAUCAGGAGAAAACUGGUGAAGGAAGCAAAUUGUCUCACAGUUCAUGGCUUCUUGAUACAUUGCAGAGCUAUUGCCGUCUGCUUGAGUAUUUUGUUAAUUCAUCUGUUCUUUUAUCGCCAGUCUCUGCAUCUCAGGCUCAGCUGCUUGUUCAACCUGUUGCUGUGGGUUUGUCAAUUGGGUUGUUUCCUGUUCCAAGGGAUCCAGAAGCGUUUGUUCGAAUGCUGCAAGCACAAGUUCUGGAUGUGAUUCUUCCUGUCUGGAACAACCCCAUGUUUUCGAAUUGUAGUCCGAGUUUUAUCACUAACAUUGUUUCUCUUGUUACUCAUGUGUACUCUGGUGUGGGAGAUGUGAAGCGAAAUCGCAGUGGUAUGUCAGGGAGUACAAACCAACGGUUUAUUGCUCCCCCACCUGAUGAAGGUACUAUUGCUACCAUUGUGGAGAUGGGUUUUACAAGGGCAAGGGCAGAGGAAGCAUUGAGGCGGGUGGAAACAAAUAGUGUUGAGAUGGCCAUGGAAUGGUUGUUUAGUCAUGCUGAAGAUCCCGUUCAAGAAGAUGAUGAAUUGGCUCGUGCACUUGCUUUAUCAUUAGGAAACUCGUCAGAAACAUCUAAAGCUGAUAGCGUUGACAAAUCAAUGGAUGUCCUGGCAGAAGAGGGACAAGCAAAGGCACCCCCUCUUGAUGAUAUUCUUGCUGCAGUGAUGAAAUUGUUCCAGAGUACUGACUCAGUGGCGUUUCCAUUGACGGAUUUGCUUGUGACCCUAUGUAAUCGGAACAAAGGGGAAGAUCGCCUUAGGGUGACUUCUUAUCUUAUUCAGCAGCUAAAGCUUUGUCCAUUGGAGUUUGCAAAGGACACGAGUGCUUUGUGUAUGAUAUCACAUAUUUUAGCAUUGCUUCUUUCUGAAGAUGGAUGUACACGAGAAAUUGCCGCUCAGAAUGGUAUUGUUUCUAUAGCAAUAGAUAUCUUGACAAAUUUCAAGGAUAGAACUGAUUCUGGAAGUGAGGUUCCGGUCCAAAAAUGCAUUAGCGCUUUACUUCUUAUCUUGGAUAAUUUGUUGCAGUCAAGGCCCAGAGCUUCUUCUGACAGUACAGAAGGUAUUUUAGCUGGUUCUUUACCAGUGUCCUCAGAAGAGCAUGCUUCAUUGUCAGUCUCAGAAGCAGCUACAGAAAGAAAAUCAACUUCAGAAGCCCAUGAGAAAGAACCUGGAACUUCGUUUGAGAAGAUAUUUGGAAAAUCUACUGGCUAUUUGACUAUUGAGGAGAGUCAAAGGGUACUGGUUGUUGCUUGUGACUUGAUAAAGCAGCAUGUCCCGGCCAUGGUGAUGCAGGCUGUUCUACAGGUCUCUGCUCGUUUGACAAAAACACAUUCUCUGGCUCUGCAAUUUCUUGAGACUGGAGGUAUGGUUGCUCUUUUUAGUCUUCCGAGAAGUUCCUUCUUCGCUGGAUAUGAUACCCUGGCAUCUGCUAUCAUUCGUCAUCUCCUUGAAGAUCCUCAGACACUGCAAACGGCUAUGGAACUGGAGAUACGGCAAAGUCUAAGUGGCAAUCGUCAUGGCGGGCGUGUUUCCCCUCGAACUUUUUUGACGUCAAUGGCUCCUGUUGUCUCCAGAGAUCCAGGGGUCUUCAUGAAAGCUGCAGCUGCUGUAUGUCAGUUAGAAUCAUCAGGAGGGAGGAGUGUCCUUGUGUUAUCAAAAGAAAAGGAUAAGGAUAAGGAGAAAUCAAAAGCACCCGGUGUUGAACAUGGAGCAUCUUCCAAUGAAUGUGUUCGAAUUCCUGAAAAUAAGAUUCACGAUGGUCCUGGUAAGUGUUCCAAAGGCCACAAAAAAAUACCUGUGAAUCUUACCCAGGUUAUUGAUCAGCUUCUUGAAAUGGUAUUGAAAUAUCCUUCUGCAAAAAGUGAGGAAGAUUGCACAAGCUAUUUAACUGCAAUGGACGUUGAUGAACCUACUACCAAGGUAAAGGGUAAAUCAAAGGUUGAUGAGACACGGAAGAUCGAGUCCGACUGCCUAUCAGAAAGAUCAGCAGGGAUAGCUAAAGUGACUUUUGUCCUCAAGUUAUUGAGUGAUAUUCUUUUGAUGUAUGUGCAUGCAGUUGGGGUUCUACUGAGACGAGAUUUGGAAAUGUGCCAACUCAGGGGAUCUAAUCAAUUAGAAUGUCCUGGGCAUGGUGGAAUACUGCAUCAUGUUUUACAUCGGCUUAUUCCCCUAUCCACAGAUAAAACUGCCGGACCUGAUGAAUGGAGAGACAAGUUAUCUGAAAAAGCUUCUUGGUUUUUGGUUGUUUUGUGUGGUCGUUCUGGUGAAGGGCGUAGACGAGUAAUUAAUGAACUUGUGAAAGCCCUAUCAUCAUUUUCAAAUUUAGAGAGCAAUUCUUCCAAGAGCAGUUUAUUGCCAGAUAAAAAGGUUCUUGUUUUUGUUGACUUGGUAUAUUCCAUUUUGUCAAAAAAUUCAUCCUCAAGCAAUUUACCUGCUUCUGGGUGUUCACCCGACAUAGCAAAAAGCAUGAUCGAUGGUGGAAUAGUUCAAUGUCUAACCAGCAUUCUUCAGGUGACCGAUUUAGAUCAUCCUGAUGCUCCCAAAGUUGUGAAUCUUAUACUUAAGGCUUUGGAAAGCCUAACACGGGCUGCAAAUGCUAGUGAGCAACUCUUUAAAUCAGAUGGACUGAACAAGAAAAAAUCCAUUGUUCCGAAUGGGAGGUCGGAUGAUCAGAUUAUUACAAUGUCGGUCAGUGAGACAGGAGAGCCUAAUGAGAAUAGGAGCAGUCAACAGGAAGUUACUGAUGCAGCUGCUGCUUCUGUGCAACAACAGCACCCAGGAACAUCUCGGGAUGCAGGUCAUCAUGAUGCAAAUCCAAACGAGUCCUUGGAGCAAGACAUGAGAAUUGAGGUGGAAGAGACGAUGAAUGCUAAUCCACCAAUGGAGCUUGGGAUGGAUCUGAUGCAUGAAGAAAUGGAAGAAGGUGGUGUUUUACACAACACAGACCAAAUUGAGAUGACUUUCCGUGUUGGGAGUAGGGCAGAUGAUGAUAUGGGUGAUGAAGAUGAUGACAUGGGGGAUGAUGGCGAGGAUGAUGAGGAUGAUGAUGAGGGAGAAGACGAGGAUGAGGAUAUAGCUGAAGAUGGGGCUGCUAUGAUGUCUCUGGCUGAUACAGAUGUGGAAGACCAUGAUGAUACUGGUUUGGGAGAUGAAUACAAUGAUGAUAUGGUUGACGAGGAUGAUGAUGAUUUUCAUGAAAAUCGUGUCAUAGAGGUAAGGUGGAGGGAAGCCCUUGAUGGUUUAGAUCAUUUACAGGUACUUGGGCAACCUGGAGCUUCAAGUGGUCUCAUCGAUGUUGCAGCUGAACCCUUUGAAGGGGUAAAUGUGGAUGACCUUUUUGGUCUUCGUAGGCCUUUAGGCUUUGAACGCCGCCGUCAAACCAGUAGGACUUCCUUCGAGCGAUCUGUUACAGAAGGAAAUGGUCUCCAGCAUCCUCUCCUCUUGAGAUCAUCCCAUUCUGGGGAUCUGGUUUCAGUGUGGUCUUCAGGCGGGAAUGCGUCCAGGGAUUUAGAAUCCCUUUCUGCUGGAAGCUUCGAUGUGGCUCAUCAAUUCUACAUGCUUGAUGCUCCCAUUCUUCCUUAUGAUCAUGUACCGUCUAAUCUAUUUGGGGACAGAUUGGGUGGUACAGCACCACCACCAUUGGCUGAUUUUUCUGUAGGUUUGGAGUCAUUGCGUUUACCAGGACGAAGAGGUGCAGGUGAUGGUCGGUGGACAGAUGAUGGUCAGCCACAGGCAGGCGGUCUAGCUGCUGCUAUCGCGCAGGCAGUAGAGGAACAGUUUUUAUCUCAAUUACGAAGUGUUGCUCCUGUUAAUAGUGCUGCUGAAAGGCUGUCACAAAAUUCAGGACUGCCGGAGCAACAACAGUCAGAUGCUCCCAUAAUUAAUGAUAGUCAACAGGCAGUAGAUGGCGUUAUUGGUGGUCACCAGACUGAAGGUCAGCUUCAUGAGAAUGAUGACACAGCACAUCAUGAAAUUAAUCAGUUGGUUGGAAGCGUUUCAUGCCCAGAUCAAGUUGAUCCAGUGGAGAUUGAAGAAACAGGUGAACGCCUGCCGGCACAUGAACCUAUACCCAAUCAUACCCGCAUGGUAAACGAUACACCGAAUGGUCUUGAUAGCAUGGAAAUUGGGGAAGAAAAUGGCACUGCCAGAGAGCAGGUUGAGACAACGCCGAAUUUUGUUGCCUCUCCUAUGUACCCUUGUGGUCAGCAACAGUGUGAAAGGGGUUCUGAAGCACUUGCAAGUCUACCUGAUGUGGCAUUUCAAGAUGCGGGUCGUGAUAGAUCUCCAGCAGCAGAUAGCCAGUCUAGUAAUCAUGCAUUGGUAACUUCUGGUUUAGAUCUGUCUAAUUCAGGCGAUUGUCUUGCUUCUUCAGUUCAAGGGGGUGCUGAUGUUGACAUGAACACUGCGGUCACAGAGGGUAACCAAAUUGAGCAACCGCCAGAUCCUUCUGAAGUUGGUGUAGAUGAACCAUCAUCAAGGCAGACCACUAUGGUUGCUCAAGAUGUUAGUCAGACUGAUGAAAUUGGUCUGAACAAUGAGGCUCCUAAUGCGAAUGGUAUAGAUCCAACCUUCUUAGAGGCACUUCCUGAGGAUCUCCGGGCAGAAGUUCUAGCUUCCCAGCAAGCUCAGUCUGCACAAGCUCCAACUUUUGCACCACCUUCAGCAGAAGAUAUUGAUCCCGAGUUUUUAGCAGCUCUUCCUCCAGAUAUUCAAGCAGAGGUUUUGGCUCAACAACGAGCGCAGAGGGUUGCGCAGCAGGCUGAAGGGCAACCUGUUGAUAUGGACAAUGCGUCAAUUAUAGCAACAUUUCCUGCUGAUUUGCGUGAAGAGGUGCUUUUGACUUCUUCAGAAGCAGUUCUAUCAGCUCUGCCCUCUCCAUUACUUGCUGAAGCGCAAAUGCUCAGGGAUAGAGCAAUGAGUCAUUAUCAGGCUCGCAGCCUUUUUGGAAGUAGCCACAGGCUUAAUAAUAGGAGAAAUGUUUUGGGGUUUGACAGACAGACGGUGAUGGAUAGAGGAGUUGGUGCUACAAUUGGCAGAAGGGCAUCUUCUGCUCUUGCAGAUAGCUUGAAAUUGAAGGAAAUGGAGGGGGAGCCACUUUUGGAUGCAAAUGCUUUGAAAGCAUUGAUCCGCCUCCUAAGAUUAGCACAGCCUCUUGGCAAAGGCCUUCUGCAGAGACUUCUGUUGAACUUAUGUGCACAUAGUGUUACGAGAUUAAUUCUAGUUCGUCUUCUGCUCGAUAUGAUCAAGCCUGAGACAGAAUGCCCAAUCAGUGGAUUUAAGAUGAUUAAUUCGCAGAGGCUUUACGGUUGUCAAUCCAAUGUUGUUUAUGGCCGAUCUCAAUUGUUUGAUGGUCUUCCACCCCUUGUUUUACGUCGGAUUCUUGAAAUUCUUACUUUUUUGGCCACCAAUCAUUCUACGGUUGCCAAUAUGUUGUUUCACUUUGAUCCUGCACUAGUUCCAGAGUCUUCAAGUUCAAAAUAUUUAGAAAUAAAAAAAGACAAAGGAAAGGAAAAAAUUGUGGAAGGAGAUCUAUCAAACCCUUCUGCAUGCUCACAGGGAGGGGAUGUUCCUUUGAUACUGUUACUGAGGCUCUUGAGUCAACCACUCAUCUUACGGAGCAUAGCUCAUCUUGAGCAGGUCAUGGGUCUACUUCAAGUAGUUGUCUAUAUUGCAUCAUCAAAGGUAGUCUCUCAGUCACAUUCUGAACAGGCAGCCGCCAGUUCCCAAAAUCUGUCUGGCAACGAAGCUGCUAGUGAUGUUCAGAAGGAUACUCCUUUGUCAGAAAUGGAAACUAAUCAAGAUGAUAAAAGUGCGAGUGCUGAGAUUUCAACAUCAGAUGGAAAGGGUAGCAACUUGUAUAAUAUCUUUUUGCAGCUCCCGCAAUCUGAUUUGCGCAACUUGUGCAGACUACUUGGUCAUGAGGGGCUUUCAGACAAAGUUUACUCACAUGCCGGCGAGGUGCUGAAGAAGUUGGCCAUGGUAGCUGCUCCCCAUUUAAAAUUUUUUAUUUCGGAGCUUUCAGAUUUAGCUCAUAGUUUGAGCAGUUCAGCUGUCAAUGAACUUGUUACACUGAGGAAUACACACAUGCUAGGUUUGAGUGCUGGAUCCAUGGCUGGGGCCGCUAUCCUUCGUGUGUUACAGACACUUAGCUCUCUUACUUCAUCUAGUAUUGAUGGGUACAAGGGUCUGGAGAGUGACAGGGAACAGGAUGAGCAUGCCACUAUGUGGAAGUUAAAUGUCGCACUUGAGCCGUUGUGGAAAGAAUUGAGUGACUGUAUAAGCACGACAGAGACAGAGCUUGCUCAGAGCUCUUUCUCUUCAGUUAUGUCAAAUGUAAAUGUGGGGGAACAUGUACAGGGGCCAUCAUCUCUUUCUCCGCCUCUUCCACCUGGGACUCAGAGAAUCUUACCAUUUAUUGAGGCUUUCUUUGUUUUGUGUGAAAAACUACAGGCGAAUAAUUUUAACAUGCAGCAAGAUCAUGCCAACAUAAUUGCAAGUGAUGUCAAAGAGUUUGAUGGGACUUCCGUUCCAUUAUUCAUGAAAAAUGUAGUGGAUUCUCAGAGAAGGCCUGAUGGUGCUGUCACAUUUGUGAAGUUUGCUGAGAAGCAUCGCCGGCUUCUUAAUGCUUUUGUCAGGCAGAAUCCUGGUUUGUUGGAGAAAUCACUUUCUAUGAUGCUGAAGGCGCCAAGGUUGAUUGAUUUUGACAACAAAAGAGCUUAUUUCCGCUCGAGAAUUAGGCAGCAGCAUGAGCAACACCUCUCUGGCCCACUGCGGAUAAAUGUUCGGCGGGCAUAUGUUCUAGAGGAUUCAUAUAAUCAAUUGCGGAUGAGACCUAAUCAGGACCUGAAGGGAAGAUUAAAUGUACAUUUUCAAGGUGAAGAGGGUAUAGAUGCUGGUGGUUUGACAAGGGAGUGGUAUCAACUGCUGUCAAGGGUCAUUUUUGACAAGGGAGCUUUGCUUUUCACUACUGUGGGUAACAAUGCGACUUUCCAACCAAACCCCAAUUCUGUCUACCAGACUGAACAUCUUUCUUACUUCAGAUUCGUGGGUCGCGUGGUUGGUAAGGCGCUGUUCGAUGGGCAACUAUUGGAUGUUUAUUUUACUCGGUCCUUCUACAAGCACAUUCUUGGUGUGAAAGUGACUUAUCAUGAUAUAGAGGCUGUUGAUCCUGAUUACUACAAAAAUUUGAAGUGGAUGCUGGAGAAUGAUGUGAGCGACAUACCUGAUCUGACAUUUAGCAUGGAUGCGGAUGAGGAAAAGCACAUCCUCUAUGAGAAGGUUACUGAUUUUGAGCUUAAACCUGGAGGAAGAAACAUAAGGGUCACAGAAGAAACAAAGCACGAGUAUGUGGACCUUGUUGCUGAUCAUAAUCUCACAAAUGCCAUCCGCCCUCAAAUUAAUUCCUUCCUAGAAGGUUUCAAUGAACUGGUGCCACGGGAACUUAUCUCUAUUUUCAAUGAUAAGGAGCUUGAGCUACUAAUAAGUGGGCUUCCAGAAAUCGACUUGGAUGAUUUGAAGGCCAACACUGAGUAUACUGGCUACACGGCAGCAUCUAGUGUUGUUCAAUGGUUUUGGGAAGUUGUCAAAGCUUUUAACAAGGAGGAUAUGGCAAGAUUGCUGCAAUUUGUAACCGGCACAUCAAAGGUUCCUUUGGAGGGUUUUAAGGCAUUGCAAGGAAUUUCUGGUCCUCAGAGGUUUCAGAUUCACAAAGCAUAUGGGGCCCCCGAGCGGCUGCCAUCGGCUCAUACCUGCUUCAAUCAACUAGACCUUCCUGAGUAUACUUCCAAAGACCAGCUUCAAGAGCGCUUGCUACUUGCUAUCCAUGAAGCUAGUGAAGGGUUUGGCUUUGGUUGAAGAAAACUUCUUUAAUCAUAUUAUUACCUCAGCGCUGCCAGCACCAGUAUUUCCAAAUGCCAUUUGCAUAUAAAGAGCGAUUGAUUCAGGCCUUCUAGUCGGUGUCAUGGUUUUUUGAGGGGAGAACGGUGCUGGGAAUGGAGUAUAACAACUGAAAUCCAUGCAAGGAUCGCCAUGCCACUAGGGCUUCGCCUAAAUUUCAGAUGAUAUUUAAUGCAUUCAAAGAAAUGGCGGGUUCAUUGCCAUCAAUGGCGGUUGUAGAGACGACUGAGUCCUUAUUAGUAUCUUCCCUCAUUACAGAUAAUCCAGGGUAUACAAGCUCCAGAUAGUGUAGCCCUUUUGUAUAUCAUAGUUUUUAGUUUAUAUUGUUCUUUAUAUUAUUUAUUAUGUCUAGUGCCAAUCUGGUUUUGGAUCGGUUUCUGCUAUCUGAAACUUCAUUCGUAUUAAAGUUGGUAUUUAAGUUUGUAGAUGCUGUUGGCACAUGAUGAAAUCAUCCGAGUUUUCGCUGCCAUGUUUAUGGAGUUGUAGUUCAAUGUUUAAA